CAAUCGAACGAGACGGUACCCUCCCCGCCGGAUUUUCUGCACCCGCCGCGGUGCACGAAGAAUUUCGCUUCCUGAGGGUACCGAAGGUGUAAUCCCCAGCCCUUCCAGAGCCCCGCCAGCGUCUCUUCGUACGAGACGGGGGAGCGGAGCCAUGAGGGCAACAGCGAUCGACCACCAGGAAGCGCUCCCUUCUCCAUCUCCUCCUUCCUCCCAUUUCAGGUCUCUCUAUUUUACUGAUUGCGUAUAAAAUUAACAGCGCUGGGCGCCAUUACUACGUCGCUUUCGAUCGGCUCCAGUUCAAGAUGGUUGCUCUCGCGGGAUUCUUGUUCUUGGUUAUGAUAUCGAUCAAUUCGAGUGAAGGGGGGCGGGAGGGCGGCGUCCGUCGCUGCCGGUGGUGAUAUGCUGCAGAGCUGGAUGCCGUCUGCGCCACGGUCUCCAACCUUACCUUCAUCUAGUUUCGUCCCUGUACAGUGACCUGGCUGAAUCUGAACAGGCACUGGUACUAGAGAAGUUCGGUCAGUUGACUGCAGAAUAGAGUCAAAGAAGUAAUGCUUGUCCAGGGGAUGAUCUUGGAUGAUGGAAACAUAGCUGACAAGUCAUGCAUGAUAGUUGUAACAGAUGCCUGCUUGCCACUGGUUGCUUCAGGAGAGACACCUCUUUUACCUCGUAUUUUAAUAAACUCUGACUUACCAACAAAGAAGGAAACGUACUUGAGGCUCGUGUCAACUUGUUUGGCAGCAGACAUGAUGGUUGGAUGUGAAGUGGUGGUGCUGAAAGAACUUGAUGAGUGUAGCGGGUUGUCAUUUGCAGAGAUGCCCAUAAAUGCUGCGCUGCUGAAUUUUAAGUUUCAAAAAGGCAUAGACUCGUCUAGAUUCAUGCUUCUUUUUCUGCUGCCUUGGCUAAUAUUUCCUCUGAAAUCUAUGCAUGUCUGGAGAAUCAAGGUCCAAAUUUUGCAAGUCCAAUUGCUUUUACUUGUUUCCUGCUGCUCUUUGAGGUUCAAAGGGACCCCUUACCUUCCAUCCCUAAUCAAUUUUUUCUGCUCGAGAUGUGCUUCAUAUCCAACAAAACAGUGGAGGGCCAGAGAGGUUCCCUGCACAUUGAAGAUGCCAAUGUCAGGAUUAGCUGGAAAGUGA